UGAUAGUAACUUGUUUCCAUUGAUUGCAAAGUUUCUAUUAUCAUUCUUAUCCACCAAUAUUUUAAAAGCAUCUAUGUAGCUAUCACAUUCCAAGCAUGCGAAUAUCGAUAACCAAUUUUCUAAUGUAAUAUCACAAGGUUACCAAUGAAAUAUUGUCUGCUGUUGAUUUUGACACUGCUGGUGUCUGCGUGGGGACAUCCGCGGCAAAAGAGGCAAUCGGGUCAUGAAUCAAAUAUAUUUCGGGAUUUACAAUUAAAGGACCAUAAAGUGAGAGAAACGCAGCGGGAUUGUAAAGGGAAGUGUGCUUCGAGUAUAGCGCAGAAGGCUGCAGCUGAGGCUAAAGCUGCACAGGCUGCACAGAACGCUGCAGGGGCCCAGGCGGCUCAUAUGGUCAAAACACAGUUAGCAGAAAGGGCGUUACAAGCAGCCAAAGCUGCAGAAGCUGCUCUUGCUGGUAAGCAAGCUGUUGUGGAACAGCUGCAACAAGAAGUGAAGGAAGCUGAGGCGGUGGUCGCUGAGAACUCUGCAGCUGUUCACCAACAACAGUCAGCUGUUAAUGCUGGUGUGCAAGCAGCUCAACAAGCUACUGCGCAGCACAAGCUAUUAAUGCAAGCGGUUCAACUGUCUGCACAACUUGAAAAAGCGGCACAUGGUCUUCUCGAUAAAAUCAAAUGUGGUCUACAGGAAAAGUGUCACAAUUUGUCCGAAUCUCGGGCUAGAUUAGCCCAUCUGCAGCACAAGCUACAGUGCGCAUGCUCCGAGUGUGCAGCCACGAAACAAGCCGCACAUGCAGCGUGUGAAGCCGCAAGAGCAGCGUGUGGUAAUGCAAGACGAAAGAAACAUAUAAUUAAGCGAAACGCUAUCUUACAUAAAGUGCCUAAACCAGGACGAUGAUAAAAAUAUGAAAAUAGAAGGGGUAAAGGAAUACAGGAUCAGAAUCGUUUUAGCUCUUAUGUAAGCGUAAAGAAAUUAAUGAAUUCGAAGCUCUGUACAUAUAACAAAAUUUCACUUUCAAUACAAUGUCCGGAAUCCGAAGACUGUAGAGAUAAUUGGUAACUAGCAAUCAAUGCUUGGUUCAUGAACAAGUGUGAGAAAUAAUAUUACUUUUAGAAUAAAUGUGUAUACUUCAGUUUUGUAGGUGCGUGUGUUACGUAUGUUAAGAUUUUUGAUAGAAUUACAUUCGUUUAAGCUUCUGAUAAAUAUAGUAUUAGAUA